GCCUCAAUUUCUACCACCGUGUCGCCGGCACGCAUGCGCAAGGACCACACGUAGGUAGUAUCGAGCGGUGGACGGGAUGCACGCUUUCGUGUCGUGCCACAUGCAUCGUCUCAUCCCGUCCGUUGCCCCGGCGGCGAUAAACGCAGCGACCCCCAGGUCGGUCGUCGGCGUCGCCGAUGAUAGCCAGCGGCUGAGCCAAAGGAGCAAUAAGGCAGUGGUUACUGCGCGCGCGGCGGUACCCAACCGGGGCGGGAGAGCUGUGAGCGGCGACGUCAUGGUGGAAGGGAGUCGGUCCGACAACGGCUCUCUGGCAAGAACAACUGACGGCGAGCGGUCGCAGCAGCGGCCCUGGACGCCGCCGGAGCUAGCCGUCGCUCCGGACGCCGUCAUCAACCUAGAGCUCGGCGACCCGACCAUGUACGAGGCGUUCUGGAAGGAGGCCGGGGAGCGCACUGCGGUCGUGAUCCCCGGGUGGCGGGGGAUGAGCUACUUCUCCGACGCCGGGGGGCUCUGCUGGUUCCUCGAGCCGGAAUUCGAGCGCGAGGUGCGCCGCCUCCAUCGCCUCGUCGGCAACGCAGCGGUCGAUGGCUACCACCUCGUGGUCGGUACUGGUGCCACCCAGCUAUCCCAGGCGGCCAUUUACGCGCUGUCUCCCGCCGACGCCAACCAUCCCAUCGGCGUCGUAUCGCCGGCGCCGUACUAUUCGGCGUAUGCGCCACAGACGGACCUCCUGCUCUCGGGGUUCUACCGCUGGGCCGGCGACGCCAACGCCAUGGGCGGUGACAGCCACAUCGAGCUGGUCUGCUCACCAAACAAUCCCGACGGCGCCAUCCGUGAGGCCGUCCUGAGCUCCAAGCCUGGCAAGGCGAUCCACGACCUCGUGUACUACUGGCCGCAGUACACGCCCAUCACCGGCACGGCAGCCCACGACAUCAUGCUCUUCACCAUGUCCAAGAUCACUGGCCACGCCGGCACGAGACUCGGGUGGGCGCUAGUGAAGGACCUGGAGGUGGCGAAGAAGAUGACUUACUUUGUCGAUCGCAGCACCAUCGGCGUGUCUAGGGACUCACAGCUCCGUGCCGCCAAGAUCCUCACCUUGGUCUCUGACGCCUACGAUGACGACAAGGACACAAGGCGGCUCUUUGACUUCGCGCAGCGGUGCAUGGCAGACCGAUGGCAGGCUCUACGCGCCACCGUGGCGUCCACCGGCAUGUUCAGCCUUCCGGAGGAGACAUCGGGCUACUGCACCUUCACAAAGCAAAUCGUGCCAGCUUACCCUGCGUUUGCGUGGUUGCGCUGCGAGAAGGAAAGCGUGGAAAACUGUAGGGAGCUCCUGCGUGGUCAUGGCGUCCUGGCACAGGGCGGCGAGCUGUUCGGGGGAGACGCAAGGUGCGUUAGAGUCAACAUGCUGGAGAGGGAUGGAGUGUUCGAUGUACUCGUACAACGUCUCUCCUCUAUUGAAUGAAUAAUGAUGAAUUGUUGAUUGCUAUAAGUAUAUUUUUAAAUAUUCAGUAAUGGCCAAUGUAAUUUGUUGUGUGAUUUUAAUUAAGAGCUCUUUUACGAUGGUUGCUAAAAAUAACAGAUUAAAAUCGGGGUUCAAAUAGCCUCUUUUCUC